AUGGGUCUGGUGGUAAGAACACCUACUGCCGCACUCAUGGCUAGUGUUCAACUCUCACGUUUCCAUUCUAAAUAUUUUACGAUAAAAAAGAGGAAACCAGCAAAUGUUCUAGUAAGAGACGAGGGUCAUAUCAUGCUCUCAGACUUCGAUCUCUCACUCCGUUGUUCUGUCAAUCCUACACUAGUCAAGUCUUCAUCUGCCCAUGUAAGCAAUGGUGGUGCUGCCGGUGGUGGUGGUGGUGGCGGGGGCAUUUUAGACGAUGACCUUGCUGUGCAUGGUUGUAUGCAGCCUUCCAAUUUCUUUCCACGCAUUUUACCUACCAAGAAAAACCGGAAAUCCAAAUCAGAUUUUGGCCUUUCGACUAAUGGAUCCCUCCCUGAACUGAUGGCAGAGCGUACAAAUGUGCGUUCCAUGUCAUUUGUUGGAACACACGAAUAUCUAGCCCCAGAGAUUAUUCGCGGAGAGGGCCAUGGAAGUGCAGUGGACUGGUGGACAUUUGGUAUCUUCUUAUACGAGCUCUUACAUGGGACAACCCCCUUCAAAGGUCAAGGAAGUCGUCCCACGCUCUUCAACGUUGUAGGCCAGCCUCUGAAAUUCCCAGAAACACCACAAGUAAGCGUUGUGGUGCGUAAUCUCAUACGAGGACUCUUGGUGAAUGAACCACAUAAACGAAUUGCGUACAAAAGGGGUGCCACAGAAAUAAAGCAACACCCAUUUUUCGAGGGAGUGAAAUGGGCUCUGGUGAGAUGUGCCACGCCUCCCCAUGUUCCUGAACCGGUAAACUUUUCACAAUAUGCCAGCAAGGAGGCGAACUCUGCAGACAAAAAGAUGACAGAUGUGGGAAGUGAUAAGAAGAACGGUAGUAAUGAUUCAUCUUAUGUAGAUUUUGAGUACUUCUAGCACUCCUUUAGGAUGAUAUUUUACAUUCUCGGGAGGAAAACUACAUUGUACAAAGAGCAAA